CUGUGAAUCACCUGUUCUGUAGAGGUACGUUCAUUCCCCAGGCACUUCCUGACGCGAAAUGGGGAUUGAGAGAAUUCCUCCCGGAGAGGGCGGGACCUGCGUGGCGACCUGAGAACCAGCCGCUGGUAGAGCAACCAGCAACAUAUCGCCGUCAGUACACACACACACAGGAGCUGCCCCCGGAACUGCUCAGGGUGGAACUCAGCAGUGAUAGUCCAUACGUCAUGCCCACCCAAGGUCCGAUCUCAGAAACCCUCCCCUUCUAAAGCUUUUGCCAGGACGCCUGGUUACCGUGGCCGCUAAAUAAACCUCGGGCGGCAAACAGAACAGCGGCCGGGGCAACCGCAGAGGGACAGGUGGGCUGCCGGGGUCGGGAGAGAGGGGACGGGGCCGCAGGAUGUGCCAUGUCCUCGGAUCUGUGGAGAAGCUCAGAGGGCGGAAGUGACGCAGUGGAGAUGAUUUCCUCCCGGAAGGACAGCCUCCCCUCCCCAAACCUGGAAGACUCCUUCUUCCCUUUUUCCACCUCCUCCCCGCAGAGGGGACCCCGCAUGUCCCCCGUGGGAGAGACAGGCCCCCCGGGCGUGGCCCAGGAGGACGGGAGCUCCGUGCUCCUGGAGCAGGACCUCAUCCUGGCGGCCGAGCUGGGCCGAGCCCUCCUGGAGAGGAACGAGGAGCUGACUGCUCAGCUGGAGAAGAAGGACAAAGACACCGAGGCUCUGGAGCAGGAGAAGCACGUUCUUCAGCGGAAGCUGGAGGUGAGCGAGCUGGAGAGCGGUCAGCGGGAGGCGGAGCUACAGGCUGACAUCACUGCGCUCCGGGAGCAGCUGGACAAGCAGCGCAACCAGGGCCGGGAUCGCAGGCGGGAGGAGAGCGAGCAGCUAACGCAGCUGUCCAAUCACAACCAGAAACUGGUGGAGCAGCUGGCCGAGGCAGUGGCUCUGGAGCACACUCUCCGGUCAGAGUUGCGCUCUCUCAGGGAGGACAUGGACGACAGGAGCCACAGCAACUCCAUCAGCUCUGCCAGAAUGGAGAGUCUAAUGGCAGAGAACAGACUGCUUCAGGAACGAUACGGACGGGCCGAGGAACGCCUCACGUCUACGCAGGAGGACAGCUCCAGGCUGCGGGCAGAGAGGGACGGCCUGAGGGAGAGAGUGACAGAGCUGCAGACCAAACUGGAGGAGAGAGAAGGCGAGCUGGACCAGGAGCGCAGUGCCGUGUUCCAGCUGAGGACGCUGACACACUCUCUGAGGCAGAGGGUCCAGGCCCUGGGGGAGGAGGCCAGCCUGAGUGAGACCACCUGCUUCCCGCUCUCCCUGCAGUGUGAGCUCCAGCAGUCCCAGACAAAGGAGGCCAUUGAGGUUCAUUCAGAAAUCCUACAAGAGAAAGAGAGUGAAAUUCAGAAGCUCAGGGAAGAGCUCCAGUCCCGAGAAGGGGAGCUGCAGUCUUUAAAAGAAGAGUUGCAGGCUUUCAGGCAUUCUCCUGGACAGCCCACUUACAGCUUCCUGGAGGCAGAGCUGGCUAAGGUGCGCCAGGAGCGUGAUUCGCUCAACCAGCAGCUCAUGAACACAAUUAAACACAAGGUGGCACUGUCUCAGGAGGUGGAUGCCUGGCAGGAGGACAUGAGGCUGGUGAUCUGCCAGCAAGUGGAGGAGAGGGAGAGAGAGAGAGAGAGAGAGAGGAAGGCCACCCUGCAGCGUGGCUCUGCCACCAGCCGCUCCCUGCGCUUGCGAGGAGAGGAAGGAAGGCCAAGAAAAGGGGGAUUCUUCUCCUUCUUCAGCAAGGAAUGACGUACUACUGUAAUGGGGCUACUGCUAAUGCUGAAGGCUGAAGUACAAAGCCUGGAUUCAACCAUAAGACUAUUGCACUUUGUCCAUAACUCUGCAGUUAAGACAUUGUUACUGUAUAUACUGUUACUUAAGCAACAUUAGGACUUUGGCAGCAGCUGAAGUUCACGGAGAAUGAUGUUGCAUAGCUAGCUAAUUAAAAUGUCAUAUUUGCUUUAAUCAGUUAUGAGCAUAACUGAAGUGGCAGAGGGUGAAAUGUUUUCUUUUUAAAUUUUUAAAUUUUUUUAAGAUCUACCCCCUCUACUCCUUUCCUGUCCCAUGCCAUCCCACCCCACCAACACCGUCAGCUUUUGUACAAUGUCAGAUCAGUGUUUGGUAACCAAAAUUGUAAAUAGACAGAUAACUCUUAUCAUAUAUCUUUUAAGUUAUUAAAUUGCAUUAUAUUUUGUAAAUGCAUUAAUCUUGGUGGUCUGGUAAAGCUGGAAGUCAAAUGAUUAAAUAAUUUUUAUGAUA